AUGAAAUUCACCAUCAGCCACCACUUCCUCCUCAUUGUAGGCACGCUAACCAAUGUCCUCGCCAACCCCAUCCCUAGCACGCACUCCCCUAAAAGACUCCUAGCCACCCGUGAUCUGUCCGCCUACACCGAUGGUCUCGCUACCAUUACUACGGAUGUCAAUGACCUCGACGCUCGGAUUCUAACCUAUCACGGUGAUGACAUUGCCAACAUCACCACCGGCGCCGCUGCGCUCAUCACUGCCCUCCUCGCCGAGACCAAAGCCAUCCAGUCGUACUUCCUGAAUGCCACCGAGGCCGCGACCUUGUUGGAUCCCCUGGAGACGUUCGCCGGCCGAUUCACGGUCGUCGUGGAGGAAUACGUCGGCAUCCACGACGCGGUUGCCGCUGCUGGGGAGGGUUGGUACCUCUACUCGCAGCUGCAGGAGGAGCACACGGCCGCGUUGACCUAUACUGGAAACGUGGUAGCGCGGAUCCCAGCCGGCGACAUCAAAGUUGCGGCAGACGCUUGGGCGACGAAUAUUACUGACACAUUGCAGGCUGGGGUCGUGGCCUACAAGGAUAUCGCGGUUCGCCCUACGGAGCUGCCUCGGGCGUGA